AUGUUCUCCAAGUCUACGAAAUUCUUUUUGGCCUUCCUUGCCGUCUCGUUACCCAACAUGGUGACCGGUCGCGAGCAGUGGCUUGAAAGGGACGGUCGUGCUGUUCAACUCUAUCCUCGUCGUUUCGGUCAGGAGAACCCCCCUGUCAUCGCGAAGCUUAGUGCUGCUUGCCCUGGACAAAUUUGCGGUGUUCUCGCUGGUGCUGCUAUCACACCACUUUUGGCUGCUCAGCCUGAAUGCUCCCAGCAAGACCAUGCUGACGCUAUCAUCGAUGCGGCUAAGCAGUUCGAUGCCGCCACUCAGGCGAACAUGAUUGCCUUAGCCAUCGAAUACCGACAAGCUGAAAAGAACACGCCUCCCGACUUCACCACCAACCCUCCUACGCCUAGGAACUCUGUCUUUUGUCAGAAGGCUCCCAAGAACCCGGAGCUAAACGGUCUUGUCCAAGCCCAGGAUCCCGCCAACGACCCCACCAUCUUUUUCGACCCCGCUACAAAAGCAACUGUUCGACUAGGUGAUCAACCCAACACCUUCCCAUUCGGACAGGCCGGCGGUGCUGCUCCCGCUCCUGCUCCUGCAGUCACUGCAGCCCCUGAGGCUCCUGCUCCUGAAGCUUCUCCUGCUCCUGAGACCCCUGCCCCUGAGACCCCUGCCGCUCCCGCUCCCGCUACCGGAGCCAUUGGUAACUUUGGUAGCUGCAGUGUACCUCAGAUAGAGUUUGCUGCCGGCUUUGACAACAGACGCGAGACUAGCUUCCGUCCCGUUGACUUGACGAGUUUCAACCACGGCUCUGCCCAGAACCCAGACAUUAUCAUGCAGUUCGUUUGCGACACGUUGGUUAACUCCUGUGGCGCUGACCAGACAGCUCGGACCACCUGUGCUACCGCACGGGCUGCUGCUAAUGCCGCUCAGCCUGCGAAGACCGGUAUUGUAGCGGACACUUUUAACGCUGGCUUUGGUAUUUCGACCAACUUUGCUGCAGUGCAAGCGCUGGACAACCAGGGUGCCCCCUUCGGCCCCAUUGUUGCUGCUCCAGCCACUCCCGCACCAGCACCCGCCCCCGCCCCUGAUGCCUCUACGCCUGCUACCCCUGACACCCCAGUGGUCUCUCCUCCCGCUGCUGGCGGCAUUGGGGACUUUGGGCGCUGCACCGUCCCCCAAAUAGAAUUCGGUGUUGGCUUUGACAACAGGAGGGAAACUAGCUUCCGCCCUGUUGACUUGACCAACUUCAACCACGGCUCCGCUCAGAACAUCAACAUCAUUACUCGUUUCGUGUGCGAUCAAUUGGUCAACUUCUGCGGCGCCGACCAAACAGCACGGGCUACUUGUGCUACUGCUAUCACAGCUGCUUCGAGUGCUGAACCCGCAAAGACUGGUAUCCAAGCUGACGCCUUCAACGCUGUUUUCGGGAUCACCACCAACUUUGCCUCCGUCCAAGCAUUUGACGACCAAGGCCGCCCAUUCGGCCCCACUGGGAACACCGCCCCUGCUACUCCCGCCCCUGCACCAGCUCCUGCGCCAGCUACACCUGCCGCCCCUGCCCCUGCUCCGGUCAACAAUGCCGGUAACCUCCAGACUUUCACCGGCGCUCUUGGCGGCGUUAAGGCGCCCAUCGUCACUGCCGUUGGCAACGCCUUUCAAGUGGAGAACAAUGCCUCCUUCAACAACCUUAACAGUGCUUUGAGGAGAUCUUGCGACGUUCAAAAUCGGGCGGACCCCUUCGCCCAAUUCCAUAGUAUUCAGGAUGCUAUUCAGGCGUUACCAGACUCGGGUAGCUUUGUUAUUCUUGUGGGCGCCGGAGAGUACCACGAGACAAUCAACAUUACUCGAAGAGGACCACUAACUCUUGUGGGACAAAUCGCUGCCGAGGCCUCUCUACCCUCCACCAGGACAGCUAAUAUUUCCGAGUCAAACCUAGUUCAGAUAUGGGACAAUAAAUUCGUAGUUCCUGGCAUGGACGAUGCGGAUUCAGCUGUGUUGUCCGUGGCGCCGUCUCGCGAUGCUGCCCUCAUAGGUGCUGGACCUACAGGUGCUCCCCUACAACCUCUCUCCGGCAACGCCGAUUUCAAGGCGUACAACAUAGACUUUCAAAACCGUGCUGCAAAUUUCUCCAUAUCCCAAGCCCUGGUCACCGACAUCUCAUACGCCAACGCCUCCUUUUAUGGCUGCUCGUUUGCGAGUUAUCAAGACACUUGGUAUACUGGACGAAAUGCGAGUACUUACGUUGUUGAUAGUGUCAUAUUUGGCCAAACGGACUAUCUUUUUGGCUUCGGCACAGCCUGGUUUGAAGAUGUAGUUCUGGCGAACAGGGCUUGUGGGGGAGGAAUAGUGGCCUGGAAGGGAACAAAUCAGACAGACGCCCCUGGUAAUCGGUAUGGCGCAUACGUCUCUAACUCAAGGAUAGCAAGAUCCCCAGAUGCCAACACCACAGUGGUGACCGCAGACCGCUGCUUCCUCGGUGAGAACAUAGGUUUACCCUUUUAA